UCUCUCCAUCUACUCCAUUCUUUCUCAGUAAGUCGUCUGUCGUCGCCUACCGUCGUCGCCCGCCUCCGUCGCGACCAUUCCUUUCUUCUAGCAUCUGUAAAGGUUUUAAUGAAAAAAUGAGGAAAAUAUCUGAUCGAUGAAUACAAAAUGCUUCCCAAAAUCCCAUACGGGAAUUGGUAGAGUUUACUGAAUCAUUGAGAUAUAGCGAUCGAUCUCUCUUUAAGUUCCUCCUCAAGCAACACCAACAAAUCCAGGUCCCAUGGCUCCUCUUCCUUCUUGGGAAGCACCAGCAAAUCGUGGUCGACGUGUUCCUCCUCAGGUAGCACCAUCAAAUUGUGGUCGACAUAUUCCUCCUCGGGUAGCACCAGCAAAUCCAGGUCCACUUGUUCCUCCUCGGGCAGCACCAGCAAAUCCAGGUCCACUUGUUCCUCCUCGGGCAACACCAACAAAUCCAGGUCCACUUGUUCCUCCUCCUCGGGAAGCACUAGAAAAUUCUAUCGCCCGUGUUCCUCCAUCUCCCUAUAGUUUCAACCAAAAAUCAGUAUCAAUAAUAGAUAAUGUUGCAGGCUCAACCUCUUCUUCAGGCAUGUUGAAGAUUGGUUCCACUCAACCAGGCCGUGGUGUCAAGCCGUCUGGGUUAAUGUACAAUGGAAAACAAGCUAUAACGAGUGACAAACUAUAAGAGACGACCGCAAAAAAGAGAUUAAAUAUUACUAAGAAGAAAUCUGUAAUUUCUUUUUAAGAGAAUAAGGCUUCAUGAACUGAAAUCUGUUAGGUUAUAUGGUUUAUGUUUUUGGUUUAGUUUGUUUAUGGAUAACAAUGAAAUCCGUUUGUUUUAUGUUUUUGGUUUAGUUUGGUUAUGAAUAACAAUGAAAUCUGUUUGGUUUGUGUGUUUGGUUUAUGGAUAAUGUUUACUAUUAUGAACAAUAAAAUCCAUUUGGUUUAUAUUUUUGG